AUGGAGACUUCAACGACUACAUAUGACGAUGCAAACCGAUUUUUUCCGAAUUCUGAAAUGUCAACAAAACUGAUUCUGUAUGAUUUUAUGAAUUUGUUGUUAUUCAUUGACGACAACUUUGAUAAAUUGGCUUUUGUAUUCUCUUCAAUUGGAAUAAUUUGUAACGUUUUCCAUAUUUUAAUACUUUCCAAAAAAUCGAUGAGAGUUUUUACUGUAAAUAUAUUCCUUCUUGGAAUUGGAAUUUGGGACUUGAUUCGAAUGAUUUGUGAAAUUAAUCUUGUUUGGCCAACGAUUUCCGCAAUGUAUAUACGAAAUUCAGAUAUUCCUGGUGAAUGCCUAGGACCAGAUUAUUAUCUGACUUUGGUUGCUUUUUUAUUUUGUGUCCCUACGAGAACAAUGGCUGUGCAAAUGUCUGUAUGGUAUGGUGUUACUAUAGCCUUGUUGAGAGCAUUGGUUAUGAGAAAUCCGAUGAAUUUGAGAAUUUCCUCCCUAGCAGAAUCCAAAAAUGGAAUUCGAGUAUUGCUCAUCAUAACGUUUCUAUAUUCUCCAUUUUGGAUAAUUGGAUAUUUCCAAAAUUACAUUGAUGAAUUUGAGGUGUGGAUUCCACCACCCUACUGCUCAAAUCUUGUAGAAAACUACACCAGAAUGGAAUAUAUUAUCAAAGAUAUCAAAAUAUUUGGACUGAAAGAAGAAGACAUUUAUCAGAAAUCGUUGGUAGCUCGAGGAAUUCUAUGCGAACUAAUUCCAUGUAUUCUACUUCCAAUUUUCACAUUUUUAUUGAUUUUUGAACUACAAAAAGCGAGGAAAUUGGCCAUGGGAAAUUCUACAAUUGAUCGAGAUCGAUCCACAAAAUUGGUUAUUGGGAUUACUGUAACAUUUCUAAUUUCUUAUGGACCAUUAGCAAUAUGCCACAUUGUCGAAUUUUAUACUUUUGAGCACGAUAAAUUAGUAUUCGUCACCCGAAGACUAUCCCUAUUCUUCAAAUUGCUCACAAUUUUAAAUGGAAUUUUUCAUUUUCUGUUCUGCUUUUUUAUGUCAUAUGCUUAUCGAAAAACUGCGAAAGAAUUAUUACGUAUCAAAGAAAAAAGCCAAACUAAUUUAAGGAACCAAGAUAUACCGAUUGCAUACAUAAAGGCGAGGAUAACAGCUGUACGCAGAGUGACAUUAACCGUUGUACACCGUGACGAAUCAGUGGAGUCCAAUGGGAUGGAUCGUCGAAAAAAUCUACACGAAACAAGACGAAUCGCAAUGAUGUUCCCCUCCUCCGGGAAUCUGUGA